AUGUCGACCAAGGUAGCAGUGGUUUCUGGCAGUAACAAAGGCAUCGGUCUGGCCAUCGUCCGAGCGCUCUGCAAGCAGUUCAAAGGAGACGUUUACCUCACCUCCAGAGAUGUCGGUCGUGGUGAGGAAGCAGUGAAGGCUCUGAACUCAGAGGGACUGAAACCCAAGUUCCACCAGCUGGACAUCAACGACUUGAACAGCAUCAAAACUGCUGCUGCCUACUUUAAAGAGAAGUACGGCGGAGUGGACAUUCUCAUCAAUAAUGCUGGAAUAGCAUUCAAAGCCUCAGACCCAACUCCAUUUGGUGUCCAGGCAGAGGUCAUCCUGAAGACAAACUUCCUUGCCACCAGAGACAUGUCGACUCACUUCCUGCCACUCGUCAGAGCUGGAGGUCGUGUGGUGAAUGUCUCCAGCAUGAUUGGUGCCAGUGGGUUAAAACAAUGCAGCCCAGAGCUCCAGCAGCGUUUCCGCAGCGAGGACAUCACAGAGGACGAGCUGGUGGUACUGAUGCAGCGAUUUGUCAGUGAGGCCAAGAAAGGCGAACACAUACAACGUGGCUGGCCUGACAUGGCGUAUGCAGUGUCUAAGAUUGGAGUGACGGUGCUGUCCAUGAUUCACGCUCGUCGUCUGUCCAAGGAGAGACCGAAUGACGGGGUCUUGGUGAAUGCUUGCUGUCCAGGAUGGGUGCGCACUGACAUCGCUGCACCAGGUGCCCCAAAGUCACCAGACGAGGGCGCCAUCACUCCGGUGUACCUGGCCCUGCUUCCUCCAGGAGCCGUCGAGCCUAAUGGAAAAUACGUCUCUGACAAGGAAGUUCAGCCAUGGUGA